GCUACGUGUACACCACCACUCCACUCCCACUCCCACACCAACAGUACUUCAGUGCUAACUUUCCUCCCAAUAUGGACACCCAGAUGUACUUACCACAACAACUACCCCAAAACACACCUAACGGAACACACCCUCUGGUUCAAAGACUCCCCAGCUACGAACAAACUCAACAACUCUCGCCCCCUACACAAACUACCCCGGAUCCACAAUCCCAGCAUGGUUUUAUCAUGGCUAAUGGUAACCCCACAAGUUCUGAAACCCCCAGCGUACCAACGCCACCGUCAGAUAAAGAGAACUCACCCGGGCCUUUCUACGUCGCCUCGGUUAAAGCAGCCCCACCCUCGACCUACCGACCCGAGCCCAUGCACCCCCGGCAGAACACGCUCCCGGGGUCCUUGCCAACCAAACUCAACGCAUCCCUACAGAGGAGCCAGUUCGGCCAGGCCACGCCCUCCUCACAGCUGACGACGAGUUCCAGAACGAGCACGUCGAGAUCUUCCUUCGACGGCACGAGCAACGGGGAGCAACUCAGCCCCUUGACGGCGGGAGGCAGUCAAUCGAUGGUGCCACAGACAGAUCAGGUCAGGUCGGACGGUGGUCAAACUGGCACACAGCUCGAUGAUAAUGUGGUGCCGAAUUACCAGAGACCUACAAACAAAGACCUAUGUCUCCGCUGCAACAAGAAGGUCUACCCAGUGGAGCGGGUGGGACCUAUCAAAGAGGUCUUCUACCACAAGAACUGCUUCACCUGCGUCGCCUGCCGCACGCUGCUCCACCUGAAGAACUUCCACCACAACCCCAACGACAAGGACGACCUGAACGUCUUCUGCAUGUCCCACAAGCCCCGGGAGAGGCUGCUGUCAUGUGACGCCUCGGCUGUCCACAUCAAAACAGCUCUUACCGCGCCCAAGUUGGAUAAGGUCAACGAGCAGAUUCGAAAAGACCGACACCCGAGCGAGGUCCUGACCAGGUUCCCCUACACCCAACCAGCGGCCAGCGCCUUGGUCAACACCCAGGAUGUGGUUUACUACGGCAUGGGAUCGGCUCAGCUUUCGCAGAUUCGUCAUCGAGAAGAGCCUCAAGAACCCACACUAGCUGCAUCUGAACCAACUCAGCAGCAACAGAUGAUGCCCAUACACACUCCAGAACACAACAAUCUAGCCGGUGAUGUUCCUGAGGAAAACAUCGACGAGUAUGAAAUUAGAGAGCUCGUUAGAACGAGUUCAAAAUCAUCUGACUCGUCUAAGCGGAACAGACUUUCAGACAAUGUGUUCGACACGGUCAACUCCAGUAGUAGUGUGAUAUCGUCGGACGCCGAUCAUUCUCCGGGGUCGUCGGUCUCGUCUCAUUCGUCGUCGUACGCCCCGAUCAAGAGAAAAGACCGACCGUCUGCUGAGAGCAUUGCUACCAUGAUGACGUCUAAACUACACAUUGACCAACAAGAAACGGUGGAGCCACAGACUGGACACAAAGACCCGCCUUUAACUAGAUCUGACCGACCUUCGAGUCUAAACUCAAGGUCAUCUUCCCCGGUCGUCCGCGAAGGUUCCAGAAGCAACGCAGCAUCCGACAGCGUCAGAAGCUCCACCAGUAGUCUAUUCAGCAGCCAUGAUAGCCUUGACCUAGAAUCUUCGCUUGAUCGCCAGAAGACGCUCCUGGGGCGGUCGGAUCGGCCGAGCAGCAACUCUUCCCAGGAGGUCAGCGCACGGGAAAUGUCAAGGAUGCGGGCCCAUAGCAACGAGGAAAACAAACCCCAGCAACAAACCACAAGCGUGAACCACGAAAGACACCUGCCCAAAAAUGAAGCGAUGAGAAUGGACAGACCGUCCCAGUAUCACUAGCUGUUUCCACAUGUGAAAGCCUAUAGCGACGUUUAAUAAAUAAAGUUAUACCUGCGAGUGUGAACAUGGAAGUUUAUCAGAUCAGACAACGGAUACAUUUUAUUGGACCAGAUGAGGUCAGAUAAAGAAAAAUUCUAUGCAUAUGCAUGAAUCAGAAUUUUGUCUCAUUAUGCUGUUGACAUACAUUACAUACGUGAUAUAACUGUUGACUAUUUUAUAUCGUUUUAUACUUACAAAUUCUAAAUGUCACAUUUUGAACCUUACACAACCGUUUCUUUAAUUUGUCAAGUCAAAGUAUGAGAAGGAAAUAUCAAAUCUGUUAAUCUACAUCAACAAUUAUUACUGUAAUGGGAAUUUCAUAUUACAUACAAUAACAAUAGUUGUAUAUUCUACUCAGGAAUGGACUCGCUUAGUCCAAAGAGGCUUGGGAAAUUUUGAAAAUGGGCUCCCAAACACAGCACAAGUUGAAGUUUUCAUGGUGCAUAUUUUCUCCGUUAAGUUGAAUUUCACGCCUUGACUUGAAGGAAGGGAAAUGUUAAAAAGGAGAAAUUUUUUUCAAAUAAUUUGUUUAAAAAUUUAAAGUACCAAUAGGCCUAAUGCCGAACUGAUCGCGGGGGUCAAUCAUGAUUUUUCCCGGUAUACUAGCAGACCAGACCACCCCUGAUUCUACUAUAAUCUUGUAAUAUUACACACGAUUACACACAUAUAUUCUACACACUUCGUGUAAUAGUAUACAGUUACAGUUGCACUUGUUAGAUACUUGUCUUGAAAGCAUGUUUCACUGAACAUUUUUGACACGAAUCUUCAGAACGAAGUUCCACGCGCGUUGUUCAGAAAAGGGCUUGUAAGUCUCUUACUUAAAAUUUGAAUCUCGUUAGCCAGGGUCAGGCAAAUUCUCACACUAUCAUUAUCGGUUUUUACGAUUUUAAAUAACUUACCAAUAGCGUAAGUAACUUUUGUUUCUUUUUUUUUUACCGAUUUAAUAAACAUAUUCACAAUUGGUGUGAAAAAUACUAGCUGGCUAGAAUGAUAAGAAGCUGGUGACCUACUUACAAGCCCUAUUGUGUUUUUAUCCUCUGAUACAUAACAUUACAACUGAGAACUAUCAAUCCCAUUCUUUCCCACCUCAGAAUUAACCAUGUAAUCACCCUAAUUACUGGCUAAUUACUGGCUAAUUACUGGCUAAUUACUGAUGGUCGGUGCAGGUAGUUUCGGUACAUCAGUGACGUCAGGUGUGACGUACGGUUAUGUUCCCGGUGACUGAGCACGUGAUGUUGAUGACGUCAAUGUUUUUGGAUCAACGCCAUCACUACACCCACCUCGCUGGAUUUUUAAGGGGAAUAGCAUGUCAUGUGAACAAUA